AUGUCAUCCGUUUGGUUCCAUAUGUCUGUUGAGAGAUUUUUGAAAUGUCUAAUUUUCCUGAUUACUGUACUUUUGAUAUCUGGAAAUUGUUUGUUAGUGGCACAGGUUUCAAAAAGUCAGCCAGCGAUGCAACAGGAAAUUCUGGAAAAAAUCGAUCCACGAUUAUCGGAAAUGUUCGAGAAAUAUGCAGUUUUUGUAUUUGAUAUCUACAGUAUUCCAGUCAAAUUGGCUUCUAUUGAAGCCCUUAUUUUAUCAUUGGUUUCAGUGGUUUUUUGUUUGGUUUUGACAGUUUUAUCCCUAAAACAUUUCAACCGCCAAAAGCCGAAUAUGUCUCCAGCUACAGCCAAAAAUCAUCGAAUGAUGAUGUACAUGUUGCUCUCCUACGUGGCACAUUUCUUAUUAUAUUUCUCUUUCCCUCUGGCCGCUUUUAUCUUGGCAAUACAUGAUUUAAUGCCAUUUUUUGGUCCUAUGACAUUCCUUCUCAAUAUCAGCCCCGCCCACUUUUUGGGAUUGAGCCUUUCUUUCACCUAUUGCUUGAUUAUCAGCCCUUAUCGACGAGUAUGCAUUGCAAUAUUGUAUCUUCUCACUUGCACUGUUCAAAAACCAGAAGCAUUAAGAGGCCAAAACUCGAAUUCCAACUCAUCUGUAUCCAUAAUUGACAGUAUUAUGAGAAGACAUUCAUAUAGAGUGUCUUCUAGCACCUAA